CUAAGUGUGAAGUGUUCGGUUAUGUGAUUUAAUUUGAUAUGCGUUUACAAAUAUUACUCCUAAUAGGAGCAGCAUGGGCAGAUGUCUUACCCAAUGGCUGUCCACGAGAUUUCAGCGUCCAUCACCUGCUGAGACACGAAGACUGCACCAAAUUCUACUCAUGCAGCAAUGGAGUGCCCAUUGAGAUGUCGUGUGGACCUGGAACUGGCUUUGACUUUGAUUUACAGAAAUGUACCGAGGACACGUCCGGCUGCGCCAAAAACGAUCAUAACUUUAUAGACAGUGGCGGAACGUGUAUUCCCACUGCACACGAAACAGAUUGUACUAAGUUCUAUUCCUGUGAAAAUGGUGUUCAUGUGUUGGCCACUUGUGAUCCAGGUUAUAGGUUUAAUACCGAAAUGGGGAAAUGCGAAGUAUCAUCCAAAGUGACAUGCAAACACAUAAAAAAGCGCUCCAUACAGACGAGAUGUCCCAACGAUGUGUGGAUACAAAUGAACAUUCCACACGAGAGCGAUUGCGAUAAAUACUACAGAUGUUUCCACGGGAAUCGAAUCUUGAUGUCCUGUUUUAAUGGGGCGCAUUAUAAUCCAAAGACUCAGAGUUGUGACACGCCGGAGAAUGCUGGUUGCGCUGACGGGGAAAUUAUGGAGGAUUGUCCAGCGAACACCUUUAUCCCAAUCUUCUUACCUCAUGAUACUGACUGUAACAAGUAUUAUAGAUGCUUUAGAGGUAACAAACAAGUCCAAAGGUGUGGUCAUGGACAGCAUUUUAAUGCGAAAACCCAGCUCUGCGAUACAAUAGCAAACGCUGGCUGUCAAGAGGAAUCAAACACGCCGAAUGGAUGCUCAAAGGAUGAAAUAUCUCUACCACACGAACAAUGUGAUAAAUAUUAUAAAUGUGUUCACGGGAAUAAAAUAUUAAUGCCUUGUCCAACUGGGACGCACUUUAGUUUCGAGUUACAGCGAUGUGAUUGGCCAAACAUAGCGAAAUGCGAGCCAACACAAACACCAACAACAACAACGACUACAACAACAACAACGACGACGACGACACCAAAACCGGAAUCAACACCCAGACCGGGAUACUUUCCUAACGGAUGUCCUAUAGACUAUAGAAUUGAACAGUUGUUACCUCAUCCGGAUUGUACGAAGUUUUAUCAGUGCGUGCAUGGUUUUAAACAAGAAAUGCCAUGUCCAGGAGGAACGCACUUCAGUAUUCAUUUGCAGAGAUGUGAUUGGCCCAGUAUAGCGAAGUGUGUCCCGGGUACAACAACCACAACUCAACGCUCAAUUACAACAACUCGCCAACCAACAACAAGUCGCCAACCAACAACAACUACUCGUCGACCGACGACAACAACAACAACAACAACUAAACCACCUAUUAGUACCCCAAGGCCUGGAUAUUUCCCCAAUGGAUGUCCUAUAGAUUACAGAAUAGAACAGCUGUUACCUCAUCCGGACUGUGGCAAAUACUAUCAAUGUGUACACGGUUUUAAACAAGAAAUGCCGUGCUAUCAUGGUUUACACUUUAGUUACGAGCUACAGAGAUGUGAAUGGCCAAAUAUAGCAAAAUGUGUGCCUGGUGGAACAACAACUACGCGAUUACCAACAACGAUAACAACGAAAUUACCAUCAACAACAUCUACGACAACCACAACCACGACAACUAAACCAGUAUCAACACCAAGGCCAGGUUAUUUUCCCAAUGGCUGUCCCGUAGACUACAGAAUCGAACAAUUGUUACCUCAUCCUGACUGCACUAAAUUCUAUCAGUGCGUACAUGGCUUUAAACAAGAAAUGCCAUGUCCAGGAGGAACACACUUUAGUUUUGAACUGCAGAGAUGUGAUUGGCCAAAUAUUGCUAAUUGUAAGCCUGGAGCUUCAACUUCAUCGCCAACAACAACAACUUCUACAACGCCCAGUACAACAACAUCAACACCAAGGCCAACAACAACAACGCCGAGCUUAACAACAACGUCAAAGCCAGAAUAUUUACCAAAUGGUUGUCCUAAGGACUUUUCAGUCCAUUUGUUGUUACCACAUGAGUACGAUUGCACGAAAUUCUAUUAUUGCAAUUUUGGGGAGAAGGUUGAGCGGCAAUGUAAUUCGAAUUUAUACUUCGAUCCAAUUUUGCAGGUAUGUAACUGGCCGUCAGCAGUUGAUUGUAAGCCAAGCACGCCUCCUCCAAGUACAACUAUAAAAGACCCCGAAACAACAACAUCUGAGGUAACCACUCCAGUUGCUACUAGUCCUGAUAUCACAGUAAGUCCAGAAGUCUCUACACCUGACCCAACUACGCCUGAAGCAACAUCAACAGAGGUUACAACCCCAAAAGCUACCACGGCUGAAGACACAACAUUCGAGCCAACUACGCCUGCAGCAACAACACCAGAGGCUACCACGAUUGACGAAAUAACAUUAGAGCCAACUAUACCUGAAGCUACAACCCCAGAAGCUACCACGGCUGAAGACACAACAUUAGAGCCAACUACGCCUGUAGCAACAACACCAGAGGCUACCACGGCUGAAGACACAACAUUAGAGUCAACUACACCUGUAGCAACAACACCAGAAGCUACCACGGCUGAAGACACAACAUUAGAGCCAACUACGCCUGCAGCAACAACACCAGAGGCUACCACGGCUGAAGAUACUACAUUAGAGCCAACUACACCUGAAGCUACAACCCCAGAAGCUACCACGGCUGAAGACACUACAUUAGAGUCAACUACGCCUGCAGCAACAACACCAGAGGCUACCACGGCUGAAGACACAACAUCAGAGCCAACUACGCCUGAAGCAACAACACCAGAAGCAACUACACCUGAAGCUACAACCCCAGAAGCUACCACGGCUGAAGACACUACAUUAGAGCCAACUACACCUGAAGCUACAACUACAGAAGCUACCACGGCUGAAGACACAACAUUAGAGCCAACUACACCUGAAGUUACCACAGCUGAAGACACAACAUUAGAGCAAACUACGCCUGCAGCAACAACACCAGAGGCUACCACGGCUGAAGACACUACAUUAGAGCCAACUACACCUGAAGCUACAACCCCAGAAGCUACCACGGCUGAAGACACUACAUUAGAGUCAACUACGCCUGCAGCAACAAAACCAGAGGCUACCACGGCUGAAGACACAACAUCAGAGCCAACUACGCCUGAAGCAACAACACCAGAAGCAACUACACCUGAAGCUACAACCCCAGAAGCUACCACGGCUGAAGACACAACAUUAGAGCCAACUACGACUGAAGCUACAACCCCACAAGCUACCACGGCUGAAGACACAACAUUAGAGCCAACUACGCCUGAAGCUACAACCCCAGAAGCUACCACGGUGAAAGACACAACAUUAGAGCCAACUACACCUGAAACUACAACCCCAGUAGCUACCACGGUUGAAGACACAACAUUAGAGCCAACUACACCUGAAGCUACAACCCCAGAAGCUACCACGGCUGAAGACACAACAUUAGAGCCAACUACACCUGAAGCUACCACGGCUGAAGACACAACAUUAGAGCCAACUACACCUGAAGCUACAACCCCAGAAGCUACCACGGUGGAAGACACAACAUUAGAGCCAACUACACCUGAAGCUACAACCCCAGAAGCUACCACGGUGGAAGACACAACAUUAGAGCCAACUACACCUGAAGCUACCACGGCUGAAGACACAACAUUAGAGCCAACUACACCUGAAACUACAACCCCAGUAGCUACCACGGUGGAAGACACAACAUUAGAGCCAACUACACCUGAAGCUACCACGGCUGAAGACACAACAUUAGAGCCAACUACACCUGAAGCUACCACGGCUGAAGACACAACAUUAGAGCCAACUACACCUGAAACUACAACCCCAGUAGCUACCACGGUUGAAGACACAACAUUAGAGCCAACUACACCUGCAGAAACAACACCAGAGGCUACCACGGUUGAAGACACAACAUUAGAGCCAACUACGCCUGAAGAUACAACCCCAGAAGCUACCACGGUUGAAGACACAACAUUAGAGCCAACUACGCCUGAAGCUACAACCCCAGAAGCUACCACGGCUGAAGACACAACAUUAGAGCCAACUACACCUGAAGCUACCACGGCUGAAGACACAACAUUAGAGCCAACUACACCUGAAGCUACCACGGCUGAAGACACAACAUUAGAGCCAAUUACACCUGAAACUACAACCCCAGUAGCUACCACGGUUGAAGACACAACAUUAGAGCCAACUACACCUGAAGCUACAACCCCAGAAGCUACCACGGCUGAAGACACAACAUUAGAGCCAACUACACCUGAAGCUACCACGGCUGAAGACACAACAUUAGAGCCAACUACACCUGAAGCUACCACGGCUGAAGACACAACAUUAGAGCCAACUACACCUGAAGCUACAACCCCAGAAGUUACCACGGCUGAAGACACAACAUUAGAGCCAAAUACGCCUGCAGCAACAACACCAGAGGCUACCACGGCUGAAGACACAACAUUAGAGCCAACUACACCUGAAGCUACAACCCCAGAAGCUACCACGGCUGAAGACACAACAUUAGAGCCAACUACGCCUGAAGCUACAACUACAGAAGCUACCACGGCUGAAGACACAACAUUAGAGCCAACUACACCUGAAGCUACCACGGCUGAAGACACAACAUUAGAGCCAACUACACCUGAAGCUACAACCCCAGAAGUUACCACGGCUGAAGACACAACAUUAGAGCCAAAUACGCCUGCAGCAACAACACCAGAGGCUACCACGGCUGAAGACACAACAUUAGAGCCAACUACACCUGAAGCUACAACCCCAGAAGCUACCACGGCUGAAGACACAACAUUAGAGCCAACUACGCCUGAAGCUACAACUACAGAAGCUACCACGGCUGAAGACACAACAUUAGAGCCAACUACGCCUGCAGCAACAAUACCUGAGGCUACCACGGCUGAAGACACUACAUUAGAGCCAACUACGCCUGCAGCAACAACACCAGAGGCUACCACGGCUGAAGACACUACAUUAGAGCCAACUACACCUGAAGCUACAACUACAGAAGCUACCACGGCUGAAGACACAACAUUAGAGCCAACUACACCUGAAGUUACCACACCUGAAGACACAACAUUAGAGCCAACUACGCCUGCAGCAACAACACCAGAAGCUACCACGGUUGAAGACACAACAUUAGAGCCAACUACGCCUGAAGAUACAACCCCAGAAGCUACCACGGUUGAAGACACAACAUUAGAGCCAACUACGCCUGAAGCUACAACUACAGAAGCUACCACGGCUGAAGACACAACAUUAGAGCCAACUACACCUGAAGUUACCACAGCUGAAGACACAACAUUAGAGCCAACUACGCCUGCAGCAACAACACCAGAAGCUACCACGGUUGAAGACACAACAUUAGAGCCAACUACGCCUGAAGAUACAACCCCAGAAGCUACCACGGUUGAAGACACAACAUUAGAGCCAACUACACCUGAAACUACAACCCCAGUAGCUACCACGGUGGAAGACACAACAUUAGAGCCAACUACACCUGAAGCUACCACGGCUGAAGACACAACAUUAGAGCCAACUACACCUGAAGCUACCACGGCUGAAGACACAACAUUAGAGCCAACUACACCUGAAACUACAACCCCAGUAGCUACCACGGUUGAAGACACAACAUUAGAGCCAACUACACCUGCAGAAACAACACCAGAGGCUACCACGGUUGAAGACACAACAUUAGAGCCAACUACGCCUGAAGAUACAACCCCAGAAGCUACCACGGUUGAAGACACAACAUUAGAGCCAACUACGCCUGAAGCUACAACCCCAGAAGCUACCACGGCUGAAGACACAACAUUAGAGCCAACUACACCUGAAGCUACCACGGCUGAAGACACAACAUUAGAGCCAACUACACCUGAAGCUACCACGGCUGAAGACACAACAUUAGAGCCAACUACACCUGAAGCUACAACCCCAGAAGCUACCACGGCUGAAGACACAACAUUAGAGCCAACUACACCUGAAGCUACCACGGCUGAAGACACAACAUUAGAGCCAACUACACCUGAAGCUACCACGGCUGAAGACACAACAUUAGAGCCAACUACACCUGAAGCUACAACCCCAGAAGUUACCACGGCUGAAGACACAACAUUAGAGCCAAAUACGCCUGCAGCAACAACACCAGAGGCUACCACGGCUGAAGACACAACAUUAGAGCCAACUACACCUGAAGCUACAACCCCAGAAGCUACCACGGCUGAAGACACAACAUUAGAGCCAACUACGCCUGAAGCUACAACUACAGAAGCUACCACGGCUGAAGACACAACAUUAGAGUCAACUACACCUGUAGCAACAACACCAGAGGCUACCACGGCUGAAGACACAACAUUAGAGCCAACUACGCCUGCAGCAACAACACCAGAGGCUACCACGGCUGAAGAUACUACAUUAGAGCCAACUACACCUGAAGCUACAACCCCAGAAGCUACCACGGCUGAAGACACUACAUUAGAGUCAACUACGCCUGCAGCAACAACACCAGAGGCUACCACGGCUGAUGACACAACAUUAGAGCCAACUACGCCUGCAGAAACAACACCAGAGGCUACCACGGCUGAUGACACAACAUUAGAGCCAACUACACCUGAAGCUACAACCCCAGAACCUACCACGGCUGAUGACACAACAUUAGAACCAACUACGCCUGAAGCUACAACCCCAGAACCUACCACGGCUGAUGACACAACAUUAGAGCCAACUACGCCUGAAGCUACAACCCCAGAGGCUACCACGGUUGAAGAUACAACAUUAGAGUCAACUACACCUGAAGCUACAACCCCAGAACCUACCACGGCUGAUGACACAACAUUAGAACCAACUACGCCUGAAGCUACAACCCCAGAACCUACCACGGCUGAUGACACAACAUUAGGGCCAACUACGCCUGAAGCUACAACCCCAGAAGCUACUACGGCUGAAGACACAACAUUAGAGCCAACUACAUCGGACGCAACAACACCAGAAGCAACUACACCUGAAGCUACAACGACGCCAAGUUCCCCAUCACCUGCACCAAUUUGUCCUCCAGGCGUUUUCGGCAAUGUACCACAUCCCGUUUUGUGUGACUACUAUUACAAUUGCAUUGGAGGAAUGGAGGUCUUAUUGAGAUGUUUAGAAGGCUUUGAGUACGAUCACAGUAUUCGGAGCUGCACACGUAUUUCCGAAAAUGGAUGUUUUGCAAGAAAAAAUGCCACAACAACAACAACAGAAAACCAGGUUGCUGACACAACCACGGAAGACAUUGAAUCAACAACAUACAGAGACAACAUUUGUCCACCAGGUUUUUCAGGCACUUUGCCACACUCAACACUUUGCAGUGCAUAUUAUCGUUGUGAAGAGGGUGAAGCGAUACUGAAGAACUGCGCGAAAGGAUUCGAGUACGAUGCCGUAAUUAUGGACUGUGUUCCAAUAUCAGAGAGCGGUUGUUACGCACAGCAAGGUCUAACAACAACAACAGAUAAUAACAGAUUACCUGAGUUAUCAACUUACAAGAACGAUGAAGAGGAUUACAUUUGUCCACCAAUGUUUUCUGGGAAUAUCGAACAUCCAACUUUGUGUGAUUCGUAUUACACUUGCUUUUCUGGAAUGGAGUUUUUGAUGAAUUGCUCACAUGGGUUCGAGUUUGACCCAGUUGUUAAGAAUUGCGUCCGCAUCUCUAGCACGGGUUGUUUCGCAACACGAUACAACUUAACAACAACAACAACAACGACGACACCAACUCCAACAACAACCGAAAACAACAAAGACAAACCAAUUUGUCCACCGAACUACUCAGGAAAUGUUCCCCACGAAACGAAAUGCGAUUCUUACUAUACUUGCUUUAGUGGUUCGGAGUUUUUGAUGCAGUGUCCCAACGGUUUUGAAUUUGAUCCGACUACAAAAGACUGUGUGCGAAUAUCGGAGACCGGUUGUUUCGCACAACAAGGCUUAGCAACAACAACAGACAACAAUAGAUUACCCGAGUUAUCAACUUACAAGAACGAUGAAGAGAACUAUAUAUGCCCUCCAAUGUUUUCUGGAAAUAUCAAACAUCCAACUUUGUGUGAUUCGUAUUACACUUGCUUUGCUGGAAUGGAGUUUUUGAUGAAUUGCACUCAUGGGUUCGAGUUUGACCCAGUUGUUAAGGAUUGUGUUCGAAUAUCGGAGACCGGUUGUUUUGCACAACAAGGCUUAGCAACAACAACUGACAACAAUAGACUACCCGAGUUAUCAACUUACAAGAACGACGAAGAGAAGUAUAUUUGUCCACCAAUGUUUUCUGGGAACAUCGAACAUCCAACUUUGUGUGAUUCGUAUUAUACUUGCUUCGCUGGAAUGGAGUUUUUGAUGAAUUGUUCUCAUGGAUUCGAGUUUGAUCCAGCUGUUCAGAACUGCGUCCGAAUCUCGAACACUGGUUGUUUCGCAACACGAUACAACUUGACAACAACAACAACGACGACGACAACGACACCAACUACAACAACAACCGAAAACAACAAAGUCAAAUCAAUAUGUCCACCGAACUUCUCAGGAAAUGUACCCCACAAAACGAAGUGCGAUGCUUUCUAUACUUGCUUUAGUGGUUCGGAGUUUUUGAUGCAGUGUCCUAACGGAUUUGAGUUUGAUCCGAAUACAAAAGACUGUGUUCGAAUAUCAGACACCGGUUGUUUCGCACAACAAAGCUUAGCAACAACAACAGACAACAAUAGAUUACCCGAGUUAUCAACUAACAAGAACGAUGAAGAGGAUUACAAUUGUCCACCAAUGUUUUCUGGGAAUAUCGAACAUCCAACUUUGUGUGAUUCGUAUUACACUUGCUUUGCUGGAAUGGAGUUUUUGAUGAAUUGUUCUCAUGGAUUCGAAUUCGAUCCAGUUGUUGAGAAUUGCGUCCGAGUUUCGAACACUGGUUGUUUUGCAAGACGAUACAACUUAACAACAAGAAUGACAUCAACUACAACCGAAAACAACAAAAUCAAACCAAUAUGUCCACCGGCUUUCUCAGGAAAUCUUCCACACAGAACCAAAUGCGAUUAUUACUAUACUUGCUUUAGUGGUUCGGAGUUUUUGAUGCGAUGUCCCAACGGAUUUGAAUUUGAUCCCACAACCAACGAAUGUGUAAGGAUAUCGUCGAGUGGAUGUUUCGCGCGGCAAAAUGAUCCAGAAAACAUCUGCAUGCCAGGUGAAUCAGGUCACGUGCCACACCCGGAACUGUGUGACACGUUCUACCUUUGUGCCAUGGGUGAACCCUUGAGACUACACUGCAGCAGAGGAUUCGAAUUCUCUGCAGCAAAUGGGCAAUGCGUGGCGAUAUCUGAUGAUGGAUGCUUUGCGAAAGUGAAACAAUCAAAGAAGAUGCCAAUUUGCUCACCAGCUCAAGUUGGUAACAUACCACAUCAUACAAGAUGCGAUGCGUACUACAGCUGUAUGGCUGGUGAAGCCACAGAGGUAUUAUGUGAAGAAGGACUUGAAUUCGACCCAGAAACUAAGCAAUGCGCGCUCAUUUCGGAGAAUGGCUGCACGGCUCGCAAGUAGACAUGGCAGGCGUCUGUCGUGAUCUUCCAAUAACGAUUACGAUGUACUCUGAAUUAUCUAAAGUGACAUUUUAUCGACUUAUUGGGAAUGCAGUGCCGAAAUAAAAUUGUAUAA